AUGCAAAAUUCGAUAUGCGCAGUAACUAGCGUUGCGUUCAGGUUCUGUGUGUAGUCAGUAUUUAUACCUGUUGUGGCCAUUUUCUCUGUCUUAUUGAAGCGUUUGAUACAAGAAGAUUUUGGAUAGAUUUUUCUUUUCGUCGUCUCUCUGUGUUUUCGGACAACAGAGAGUGAAAUGUACAACGGCAUUGGACUGACCACCCCUAGGGGCAGCGGGACCAACGGCUAUGUCCAGCGCAACCUCUCCAGCGUGCGCGCCAAGCGAACCAGAGAUGAGAGGGGGGACGAGCGGGAUGAGAAGGACCGGGAGAGGCUGGAGAACCAGCUGAACCGCCAGCCUAACGCUGGCAUCCUGGAGCACCAGCGGAAGAGGCAGCUGGAGGUCAAGUGUGCUGAGCUGCAAGACAUGAUGGAGGAGCAAGGGUACUCUGCGGAGGAAAUUGCAGAGAAGGUGAACAGCUUCCGGCUCAUGCUACAGGAGAAACAGGAACCCCCGGCCCCCAUCUCUGACAGACCUACGGUGACAGAGACUCACGCCCUGGCGGCGGCCAACCAGCAGAAGAACGACCGCCUGAGGGAGGCAUUCGGCAUCGCCACGGACUAUGUGGACGGCUCGUCCUUCCACCCCGAGCGCAAGGAGAGGGAGAAGGAGAAGAGGGAGCAGGAGAGGCUGGAGAGGGAGCGACAGCAGCAGGAGCAGCAGAAAUACGUGCUAGUGGAGGAUUCUGAGGACUCCACCUCCCCCUCUCCUCGCAAGCAGAGUCGGAAGAAAAAGAGGAAGAAAAACAAGAAGAGGGAAAGUUCCGAGAGCCCCUCCCCUUCCCCUCCACGGGAAAAGAAGAAAUCUGGAAAGAAGAAGAAAAAAAGCUCAUCGGAGGAUAGACCGAAGGAGAAAGGGAAGAGGAAGAGGAGUGAAAACGAGUCCCCCACCCCGCGCAAACAGCAGCGCCGCCGCAGUGUGUCCUCCGGCUCGGGGCAAAGCCAAUCGCCCGCCCCGCUGAGAGAGAUGCGGCAGAACCAGCCAGUCAGGAGGGUGGAUGAGGGGCGGAGGGGGCGGUCCCCUGCCAGGAGGGGGCGGGACAGUGAGGGGAAAAGCCCUGGGCGGUCGGGCGUUCGAGAGAGGUCUCCCAGACAGGUCAGCAGUCCCGAACGAGGGAGAAGAGUAGAGAAGGAACGAGAGAAAGAGAGGGAGGAGAAGCAGCAGCGGAGGAGGCAUGACUCCUCAAGCUCCUCUUCCUCCUCCUCCCCCAAGAGGGAGAAAGCCAGACGUCCGAGGAGCCGGGAGCAGGAACGGGAGAGGGAGCCGCCUCGGGAAAGAGACCAACAGAGGAGGAGAGAGAGGGAGGAGUCCCCCAGACAGAGCGACAGAGGGAGAGAGAGGGAGGACUCCCCCAGACAGAGCGACAGAGGGAGAGAGAGGGAGGACUCCCCCAGACAGAGCGACAGGGGGAGAGAGAGGGAGGAGUCCCCCAGACUGAGCAACAGAGGGAGAGAGAGGGAGGAGUCCCCCAAACUGAGCAACAGAGGGAGAGAGAGGGAGCGAGAGCGAGCGAAAAGGCAGCAGAGGCGAUCUUCUGGUUCGUCGUCUUCCGCUUCUCCCUCCCCCAUCGCCAAUGGCCGAGAAAGAGAGCGGGAGCGCGAGAGGGAACUGGAGAGAGACAGGGUGAAGGAGAAAGAGAGGGAGAGAGAGAAAGCCAGGGAAAGGGACAGAGAGAGGGAGAGGGAGAAAGAGAAGGAACGGGACAGAGAAAGAGAGAUGGAGAUGGAGAAAGAGAGGGAACGGGAGAGGGAGAAAGAGAGAGAACGGGAGAGGGAGAAAGAGAAGGAACGGGAGAGGGAGAAAGAGCGGCAACGGGAGAGGGAGAAAGAGAGGGAACGGGAGAAGGAGAGGGAAAGUGCCCGGGAGAGAGAGACGGAGAGGGAGAAACGGGAAAAGGAGAGGAACAAAGAGCGGGAGAGGGAGCAGGCGAAGGACGGCGCCGACGAGAGGAGAGAGCGGGAGCCCGACAGGCCGACGCGCAGGGACGCCGCGAAGGAGAGGAAAGAGGGGGAGGUGAGAACGGAGAGGGAGGAGAAGGAGCAGGGGAGGAGCAAGAAGGAGAAGAAACGGAGCGCUAAGUCCAGCAGCAGCAGCAGCAGCAGCAGCAGCAGCAGCGCCAGCAGCAGUGACAGCGACAGCUCCUCCUCUUCUUCCUCUUCGGAUUCGUCCACCUCCUCUUCCUCCUCCUCCUCUUCGUCUUCCUCGUCCGACGGAGGAGGGAAGGAACAGAGGAAGAAAAAGGCCGGCGCGGAGAACCAGAACGCUGAAAAAAUGGGCGGGUCCCCGCCCCGGUCCCGCCCUCGAGCUUCGCCCCCGAGGAACGGCGGGAGGGAGCGGGAGGAAGGGAGGGAGAGCAGGAAUGGCUCGGACGGGCGCGGCGAGGAGAGGGGAGCGUCCAGGGGACCGCAGAGGCAGUCGCCCGCGGGCCCGGCCCUGGCGGCCCCGCCCGGAGCCGGAGAGGGGGACCGCGGGAGAGGGGGGCGGAGCCGCGGCGCCGAGAGAUACUCCCCCACUCAGGAGGAGAGCUCCUCCCCCUCCCCUGCGAGGGAAAGGGAGGCGGGAAGACCGGGCGACCUCGCCCAAAACCCGCCGGCGGACGAGGGGAGGGGCCGGAGGGAGAGGGAGCGGCGCUCCCUGACGGAGCGGCAGCGGGACUCCUCCUCCCCUCCUCGGGGCAGCGAGGGGCCGAGCCGCGAGCCCAGAGCUCACGGGAGAGGCAGGCAGAGCGGCCAGCCGCCGGAGAGCCGCCCCGAGAAGCAGCCGGCCAGAGACGGCGGGGGGGCGGAGCGGUACUCGCCCACGGAGAGAGAGAGCGCCAGCCCGGCCGGUUCACCCGGGCCGGGGGGCACGGAGCGGUACUCUCCCACCGAGGCCGAGAGGGAUGGGGAGCAGGAGGAGGAGAAGAGGAAGGCUGUGUCACCCCCCGCCCUUCAGGAAAGGGCCGGAAGCACCAGGACCUCUUCCCAAAACAGCACUAAGCGAGGGAGGGGGUCCGAGGCGGACGCUUCCCCUGAAAAAGAGAGGGAGACCUCACCCCCGCCUUCGAGGGAGAGGGCGCGCUCGUCCCCUUCCCCCAGGACGGGGGAGAGGGGGCGGGACCGCAGCCCCCCUCGCCCGGCACAGAGAGACAAGGAGGCCCCGGCCCGCCGCGGCUCGUCCUCUCCCUCCUCCUCCCCCCCCCCUCGCCGCACCCCGCCCCUUCAGUACCAGGACCCGCCCCGCCCCCGCCGCCGCUCGCCCCUCUCCCCCAGCCCCAGGCAGCCUGGCCGAAGGCCUGGCCACGCCCGCUCUCCGGCCCGACACCCCUUGCGCGCCGACAGGGACAGGGACCGCGACCUCGGCCGAGAUAGGAGGUACUCUCCGGUGUCCCGGAGGAAUAGGGACCGGUCCAGGGAUCGGGAGAGGGACCGGUCCAGGGAUCGGGAGGGGGACCGGUCCAGGGACCGGAGGGCUAGGUCCAGGGAUCGUCAGAGGGACCGGUCCAGGGAUCGAGAGAGGGACCGGACCAGGGAUCGAGAAGGGGCCCGGUCGAGAGACUGGGAGAGGGACCGGUCCAGAGAGAGGAGACCAAGGAGAAGUCGGUCAAGGAGUCCAAGGAGGCGGAGCCCCAUUUAUAGGCCACGACGUUCUCCCUCUCCCAUCAGGAGGAGGAGAAGCAGCCGCUCCUUGUCCAGGGAACGCGAGCGGGAACGCGAGCGGGAACGAGAGAGGAACAGAGAGCGAGAGCGAGAGAAGGAGAGAGAGAGGGAAAGGGAGAAGGAAAGAGAGGAGAGAAGAGUUAAGACUCCGCCCAAAGAUGCCCCUGCUCGCUCUCCCUCUUCCUCCUCCUCCAGCUCCUCUUCUAGUUCAUCGUCCUCUUCGUCUUCUGACUCCGGCGAGGAAGGGGCGGAGGAGCCCAGGAAGGAUGUGACUGACAGAGGGACGGAGGCGGAGGCUGAGAAGGGGAGCAGGCCGGAAAGGGAAGACGGGCCGCGAGGAGACGACGGAGAAAUGGCGAAAAGGGGAUCCCUUUCGCCCGCUUCUUCACCCGGGCUGAGAGUUCCCCAGGAACAAUCCGGCCAAUCAGAACCCAGGUCUCAGGCCAAGGAACCGAGCGUCGACCGAUCGGCGGGCUCCAGAUCCCCUGCUGUGAGGGAAGCGGAGCCCGGGGAGUCGCCGAGAGCGAAGCCGACCGGCCCGCCGGUGUCCAGCGCCUCCGAGCGCAGCCCCGGCCAGCAGAGUCCGCCCGAGAAGCCGCAGAACGGGCGCCCGGACGGGGAGGAGCCGGCGAAGCCCGAUCGGAAGAAGAGCAGCAGCAGCUCCGGCUCUUCGUCGUCGUCCUCUUCCUCGUCGUCCUCGUCAUCUUCUUCCUCUGAUAGUUCUGGUUCUGAUUCGGAGGAGGAGAAAGAGAAGAAGGCUGCAGCCGCGGGGCAGUCCUCUUCGUCCUCAUCCUCCAGUGAAAGUGAAAAGGACGAUGGGAAGAAAAGCCCACCCCGCCGUCCAAGGGUACCGGCAGAUUCGCUGAGAGACUCCCGUUCCCUCAGCUACUCUCCUCCUCUGAGGCGAAGGCGACCGGCACCGUCCCCACCUGCGCACAGGAGCAGCAGGAAGUCACAGAGCCGAUCUCCUACCCGAAAACGAAGGAAAUGAUCUUGUUGGGGCCUCCCCGGGAGAGUCUCCUCGACGCUUCGGCUUGGUCACUCCGUGCUGAACGGGGGCCCAGCUUGGACGGAAACAUCUGGAACUCAGGAGGAGAUCGGUGGCAGCAGCAGCAGCGCAUUAAAUGAAGGACACUGAUUUAUGCGAGGGGGGAGCAUGAUGAAUCGCCUGAUUUUUGUUGAACAAGUAAAGAGGAUCUUGUACAAAAGGAACAAUAGACCCAAAAACCCUGUUUGUAAUUCAAGUUUUUUUUAAGGGGUAGAUCAAUUUUAUUUUAAUUGUGGUAAGAAAAAUGCUAAAUAAAAAUGGAACACGGAGAGGAAGGGAGCCAUGAAUAUACGAGACCUGUUGCAGUGUCACUGUACCUACCAGUGAAUUCAUAUACAACUGUACAAACCAUACAAGUAAAAAAGUGAAAUACGUGGACGUACUACACUGAAGAAAAUUCACACUGUACCUUCGCUCUUUUUACCUCCAGCUCUGUUUAAAAAAAAAAAAAUUAAAAAAAAAGGCUUCUGUACUUUGUGUAUCACUGUAAUGAGGGGGUGCAGUUGCAGGUGUCUGUGAGUGGAAGUUUUGAGUCCUGUUUUUUUUCCCCGCUUUGAGAAAAGAUUAAAUAAAAAAAAUGCAAUAGUUGCUUUCUCCCUCUU